GAAAUUAAAAGUUUUUAAAAAGAAACAGCUUAACUGUGCAAAUUUUUCAUGUUUUAAUACAAUCAACUCUUAACCAUAUGUCCUACGGCAAACACGUUGGCCGGCCCAGCCGCACGGAGAAACCAGUGGCAAAGCGCGCGCACUACCAUUUCGUAUGAUACCGCACGGCGUUGAAGUUUGCGGUCUCAGAAACAAUCAGUCCGUCCAACGCGCAGGACGCAGGUCGGCAUGAGUUCGCGGUCCGCAAACUGGUGGCUCCGGCAGUGAUACACACAUCGAGUCCACGAGUCACGUACAUAAAGACAGCCAACAGUGGAUCCUUUUUUUGGUGCAGUUUUUUUAAUAAUAAUUCGUUAACAGUAUAGUGCAGAUAAGCUGUUUUCUGUUGUCUACACGCUAAUCAUUUGAAUUCCGGAGUUGGUUUGGAGUGAUUAUCAAUUGGAGUCCUUUUUUGUGCGGUGAUGUCAGUGUUUAUACUGUUGGGCGAUAAAACAAGUGUUCCCUAGAGAAAAAAAAGAGUGGCAAAAGUAUAAAAGUUAUCAACGGCAGUUUGGGAAGUGUUUUUUGAAAUUUGAAAAAGAGAAGUGGAUUUUUUGGAGCAAAAAGUAAAGCAAGUGAUCGUCAGUCGACAGUACACGGGUACACGCUUCCUCAUUCCAUGUUUGUACAGUGUGUUUCGGGUGCUGGUCGCUAACAAGUGCCGUUUUGCGUUAAGCCCUUAGCGUACGUGCGUUUGUUUGUAACGGCGACACUUUCCCGAAAGUACGUAACAAUUUCCACAGAUGUACAACUGUACAUCGUAACGGUUGUACGGUGCGAUAGGUUGCAGCUGUAGAAUUUGUGCCGGAAGACACUUGAAAUCCACUCAACAACCACCAUGUGGCUGCAAAGCGUCCGCCCAAGCGGAGUGAAUGUCCGAUCGAGAGGAUGCCUCGAGUGCAGAAUGCCUCUAGCGUUACUCAUCCUCCUCCUGGUGUGCCACACUGUGAUAGUGACGGCUGUGAUAGACAAACGUAGUGCCUUAGAUCUGCGGCGACUCGACGAUCUUCUGUCUACGGAAGGACAUUUGAACGACAAUUUGGAGCUGCACGAUAGGAUUUUCCCAACAUUUCACUGCCCCCGCACGAAACGAGCCCUUCGCUCAUCAUCGCUGGACGAUGAUGAUGAUGAUAACGGUCGUCAGGGCACCCAGAAUCGGCGGCCUUUUAGACGAAGACCCCAUCGGGAGCGACUUACCAUACAGUACGGAAUGCGCGGUGAAACGAUGACACUUGAUCUGACGCUGAACGAAAACAUUAUCCCGGACGAUUACACGUUCGUGCACCAGUCGCCCGAGGGAAGGGACAUCGUGGAACGACUCGAUCGGGAUGCGGUUGAACUGUGCCAUUACGAAGGAACCGUACGGGAACGUCCCGGUUCACGGGUUGCCAUAUCAACGUGCAAUGGAGCGAUCGAUGGUGUAAUCUACGAGCGUAACGAAACCUACCUCAUCGAGUAUCACAACAAUACGCAUCUGCUCUAUCGGAGACGCUUCAAACGGGACAUCCUGGACAACGAGCUGCAGGUGGAGGAUACAGCGAGUGGUGCAGCAGCUAACAACAAAACGGCCUUUUCCACCGGAUAUCGUGAGAAUGCCGAUUCGCUGUUCGUCGAGCUGGUGCUGGUCGUCGAUCGGACGCUGUUUUUGAAGUUUAGCUCAAACGUGCAGCGUGUCCAUCAGCACUGCCUGUCGGUGGUGAACGUGCUGAACGAGCUUUAUCGCCCACUGAACGUGUACAUCCUCCUAGUGGGAGUAGUGCUUUGGAACACCCGGGACAACAUCAUCAUCUCGACCGAUUCCAAGCAGACACUUACCAGCUUCCUUGCCUAUCGGAAAGAUCAGCUACUUCGCCAAAUCCCCAACGAUAAUGCACAUCUCCUAACGGCUGUCCGCUUUCCGGACGGAGUGAUCGGAAAGGCCGAACUGGGCUCGAUGUGUAGUAUGGCCGGUUCCGGGGGUAUCGCGGUGGUGGAGAACUUUGUCGUAACGCCCCUUGCAACAACGAUCGCACACGAACUGGGUCACAACUUUAACAUCGACCACGAUACGGAAGAGUGCGGUGGAUCGCGCUGCCCAGGACCGGGUCCGUGCAUUAUGGAGGCAAAGCUGCGUGAUUCCGCCGACAUACCGAACCGGUGGAGCACCUGCAGUGUGGACGAUUUGCACGAAUCACUUAAGCGAGGAUUGGGCGCUUGUCUGAAGAAUAAACCGACCCGAUUGCUGGUGCGAGCCGUUUGCGGGAACGGACUGCUGGAACCGGGCGAACAGUGUGACUGUGGACGGCGCGAUAGUUGUGAUAAUAGCUGCUGUGAUGCACGGACGUGUCAGUUGCGCGCGAACGCCACCUGUGCUACGGGGGCCUGCUGUGAUCUAGCGACCUGCCAGCCGAAACAGGCCGGAAGCGUUUGUCGGCAGGCGCGUGGCGAGUGCGAUCUUCCCGAGUAUUGCGAUGGACGGGGUGAGCUUUGUCCGGCUGAUGUGUAUCUACGUGAUACGAGUCCGUGCCGGAAGGGUGAAGCGUACUGUUACCGGGGCGAAUGUCAUACUCGCGAUAGCCAAUGUCGACGGCUGUGGGGACCGUCGGCACGGUCCGGGCUGGAGGUGUGCUAUGAAGCUAAUGUGAACGGGACCAUUUUUGGAAACUGUGGGAACGAUCUGACGACGGAUAGGUACGAACCCUGCUCAACGCACGACCUCCACUGUGGACUGCUGCACUGUACGCAUCAAAGCGAGAAGCUGGAGUACGGCAUCGAAGCGUAUGCAAAGCGAACGGCGACGAAAUUCCAACACUACGGCCCGCGGGGAACUGUUCGGACGACAAUCUGCAAUGCGGUUAUCGUUGAUCUUGGGCUGGAUAUAGUCAAUCCGGGCCUUGUGCCCGACGGUACCAAGUGUGGUGCGGGACGGAUGUGUUUCCAGCAGCAGUGUGUCGCCAUUAGUCGACUGCAGGAGGACCAAGACAUCGGUGACGACUGUCCCGCUAACUGCAACGGUAAUGGGGUUUGUAACAGUCAGGGACAUUGUCACUGCCAUCCCGGCUUUGCACCACCGUUUUGUGAUGAACCUGGAGACGGUGGUUCGAUCGAUAGCGGGCCGGCGGGACGAUCCGCGAACAACGUGCACGAACUGCUGCUGAAGGUGUUCGUGCCUGCCCUGGCCAUUGGUGGUUUGUUGUUAAUACCUAGUCUCAUCUUGCUAAUUGUUAAACGCACGCUGUUGAUGGCGCAACUACGUGUUGUUUUGAAACGAUUCCGUGAGCGGAAGUACGGCCACAUUGUAGUGCCACCAGCGUCCCCGACCGCUGUCGUAGCUCCGACCACGCUGAAGCCGCCCGAUGGCCAAAGAAAAGCUGCUAAUGACACCCAGCGGCCCACAAUCCCUCCUCCACCUCCCAUCCCGGAAGCGAAGCAACCGCAGUGCUUUAUUAAUGUGAACAUCAGUAAAGACGGGAAGGUGACGAUCGAGAACAAGCUAAUCGAUUCUCCGUUCCUGCACAAAGCGAGUGUGGUCGAUACGCACGAGGCGUUCCGGAUGCGCCUGCUGCAGGAACGGUCGUACAGCGUGGAAAGUUCCACAUCGUCCGAGCAUCCGCUCGUGACGGCGGAAACGCAUAAACCGAGCAGCCUCACCAACCUAACCGAAACGGUAGAGUCAGCUCCACAAGGAAGGAUGUUCGGAUCGGUGCUGCAGGAGCUGAAGCAGACCGAUCGUAUGCAUACGUUUCAGAGCCAUCGUUCCAAGAGUGAUGAAAGACCUCCGGCAAGGCAACUGCCAAAGCUACCGCGCCAGUACACAAUCAGCGACUUUGACUCGAUCGAACGGUUGCCCGAUGUUGAUGAAGAAGAACCGCAAUCCUUACUUACAACCUCAAAGCCUGUAACACCCAAACAAAUCCCUCGACCGUUACCACGUGUUGCACCGGGAAACCCAUCACGGUUACUACCGACCACACCAUCCAGCGGCAAUAUCGCAGCCAAGCAGAAAACAUUCGAUAAAGCACAUCUAGCUUCCGGCGCCGCAGGUCCCGGAAAGCCGUCCACGGGGAACAACGUGGCAGCGCUGAAGGCAAAGCUAAAUCUGGCGGAAAUUGGUGCAAGACGAUACAAAUAUGAAAUUCCAUCGUUGAAUUUCAGUAGCCGCAACUACGUAACACCGGUGCAACAGACAUACAGGCACGCGUCGCGCUGCCCCCGCGGGAGGAACGGAAUGGCGGUGGAAAUGGGUUAUAACGGUACGGUGCUGGUCGUGGAGGAGGAAGGCGACGAAGCGGUCGAGAUCCCGCUGGAGGAGGACGGUACGCUGCUGCUUUCGACGCUGCAGGCCCAGUUCUACGGUGCGUGUGGUCUGAAAUAUCGCAACCCGGAUAAUAAAGCCAUACGGGGUGUGCGGCUCAAUGACAACAAGCUGCACCCAUUCUCGCCCGACUCGGGCUGGGGUAACCAUGUGUACAUAUGCGUGUUUCCGAAGGAAAACAAACGCAAGAGCGACGACAAGCUGGAAAAUUCGACACCCAAGACGAAGCGGAUCGAGAGCCGGAACCGCACCACGACGGACCUGAUCGUGCUGGGGUUACCGUGGAAGACGACCGAGGAAAGCCUGCGGGAGUACUUCGAAACGUUCGGCGAUCUGCUGGUGGUGCAGAUAAAGAAAGACUCCAAGACCGGCCAAUCCAAGGGUUACGGGUUUAUCCGGUUCGCCAGGUUCGAGAGCCAGAUGAAGGCGCUCUCGAAGCGGCACCUAAUCGACAGCCGCUGGUGUGACGUGAAGGUGCCUAGCAGUAAGGAUCAGACGCAGCACCAGAUGCCAAGCAAGAUAUUUUUAGGCCGCCUGACGGAGGAUAUCAACGCCGACGAUAUCCGGGACUACUUUAGCAAAUACGGCGAGGUGACGGACGUUUUCAUACCGAAACCAUUCCGGGCGUUCGCCUUCGUCACCUUCAUUGACCCGCACGUGGCGCAGAGCCUGUGCGGGGAGGAUCAUCUGAUCAAGGGCACGUCGGUGUACGUGUCGACGGCGUCGCCCAGGCCGGAGCACGGCCGGCAUCACGGCAAAGGCCAGAUGGGGGGAAAUUUUUCCAACUACGAUGAGCGUGGCCGUGGGGGAGGGGGAGGCGUUGGCGGUGGUAGCGGCGGCAGCGAGUAUCAUCGGGGCAGUGGUGGCGGGCAUGCGGUAGGUCCCCACGUUCCAGCACCCAACAAUAAUUACCAUCACGGUGGAGGUGGUGGUGGUGGUGGCGGCGGCGGCGGCGGAAGCGAUGGUGGCGGCCCCGGUGGGUACAAUAAUCUACAGUCGGGAAGCGGUGGUAGCCAACAGCAGCCUAUCUGGAACUACAACGAGUACACGGCUCAAAAUCGGCAAAACAACAGCAACAUUGAAUCGAUGCCGAACCUACAGGCACUUGGCAUUAACUCGAGCGGCCCAAACGGGCAGCGGGGAGGCGCGGUCGGUGGCGGCCUACACAGUGGGCACCACGCGGGGAUGGGAAACCAUCUGAGCGGUAGUGGUGGUGCCGCUGGAUCCGCUCCCGGUGGUCCGGGCAAUAAUGGGGCCGGGGUGAUUGGCGCCCACGGUGGACCGGCGGCUGGUAACAUGAAUCUCUACCAGAUGCCAAUCAAUCCCGCAAUCAUAGCUGCCGCCCUGAGCCAGUGGAGCUUAAUCGGGAACCAGAUGCACAACAACGCCCAGGGCGCGGGUGGACCGGGCGGACCGGGUGGGCCCGGAGCUCCCGGGCAGGCGAACGCGAACGUCCCUGGUGGACCGGCCGGUGGGCCGCCGGGGCCGGGCGGUGCGGCCGGGCCCGGACCCGGUGCGUCCGAACAGGAGUACCUGCCCUGGAACGGGACCGGUAAUGGGGCGCCGGGUGCCGGUGGACCGGGUGCUGGACGUGUCGAUCAGAACCGCCAUUUCCCGCCGGCAUCAUAUCAAUCGGCCAGCGGCAAACGGGGUCUUAGAAUGCCGUCGUUAGUUUGGUCAUUAUCGAUAGUAUUACUGCUAGCGGUGACACCGCUGGAAGGAUUAAAAAAUCAUCCAACACAUCAACGCCAUCGACAGCGGGUCGAUGACGGCACCGAUGGAAAUGUACCGUCGCCCAAGGCUACUAGCAGCAGUGCCGGUGACGAACUCCCUAAUCCUAUUUACCCUGUGCUGAUGCCUUCUCAGAAGCAGGACACGGCCACACUGACCUACAAUCUCGCAGGCAAGGUCACGGUGCUGUCACUGAUCCAAAGUCAUGGACGGGCGACUGGGGAUUGUCAGCAGUAUCGGACCGGAACGCAGCCCCGGAUCAGACACGAUGGCCCAUCGACCGAAAUUAUCAACUGCGACGGUCGCAUCCGGGGGACAGUACGACUACCGGAAGGAACAUUCCGCAUCGAGUACGAUAGCACGGCUGGGGUUCACUUUAUGCGAAGAUUGGUGGACCCGCCGCACCAUCGAGUGGGGAAACAUCGUGCGAAACGGAACCAUCUCAACACGAUCAAGGGCCCGUACCAGGCCAACGCACACUCGAGCUACGUGGAGUUGUUGCUCGUCGUAGAUAACUCGCUGUUCCGCAAGCUGGAUCAGGACACGUGGAAAGUGUACCAGUAUUGCGCUAACCUUGUCAACCAUAUCAAUAUGCUAUACAACCCCCUGAACAUCUUCAUCGCCCUCACGGACGUUGUCGUGUGGAAGGACGUGGAUCGCAUCAACGUGUCCACCCGGGCCGAUGAAACACUCAACAGCUUCCUUUCGUACCGGUCCACCACACUGCUGCACGAUCAUCCGCACGAUCACGCCCAACUGCUCACGGCGAUCGAGUUUAGGGAUAAUGUGAUCGGUAAGGCGAAAGUAGGUGGCAUGUGCUCGGAUCGUAGUUCGGGUGCGAUCGUACGCGUUCACACGGACGCAGUGGCCAUUCAGGCGAGUACACUGGCCCACGAGAUGGGACACAGCUUCACGAUGGAGCACGACGAGGAUGGGGAUUGCUCCUGCCCAGAUCGGAAGUGCAUCAUGACCCGGACCGUGACAGGACUUACGCUGCAACACUGGAGCAACUGCAGUCUGGAACAGUUGGCCACGGCGUUCGGACGAGGUUUGCAUCACUGUCUAACGAACCGCCCGAACUAUCUGGCCUUCGAGAGCUGUGGCAAUGGGUUCGUGGAACCGGGCGAGGAGUGCGACUGUGGGCUGGAGGAGGCUUGUGAGAAUAGUUGCUGCGAUGCACGGACCUGUCGGUUACGGGAAGGCGCACAGUGUGCGACGGGCGAGUGCUGUGAUCUUGAGACGUGCCAGUUGCGUGAACCGGCCGUCCCAUGCCGACAAGCGCGAGGAGAAUGUGAUCUUCCCGAGUACUGUACCGGUCGGACGGAGUUUUGUCCACCGGAUGUGUAUCGCCGAGAUACGGAACCGUGUGCGGCCGGGGAAGCUCACUGCAUUGCGGGACGCUGUAGAACGCGGACGGACCAAUGUCGAGCGUUGUGGGGUCCUUCGGGACAUGCGGCCAGUGAUGCUUGCUACGAGGCGAAUGCGAAGGGUACGAAAUACGGCAACUGUGGCUACGAGGGUCGUCCGGCGGAGAGCUUUCGCAAGUGCGCUUCGGCGGAUGUGAUGUGUGGACUGCUGUUCUGUCACCAUCACAAGCAGGACGAGGUGUUGGAGCUUGGGGAAUACAAUGGUGACUCGCGGUACAGUGUGCAGAAGGGCAAUGAGACGAUGCGCCAUGUGCUGUGUCGUUCGGCGUACGUUGAUCUCGGUGAUGGACAGGGUCGACAUCCGGCAUUCGUACCGGACGGGGCACCCUGUGGCGAUGGCCGAAUGUGCUACCGGCAGCGGUGUGAAAGCAUCGAACGGCUGAACGAGUAUGGUCUCGGAGGGAAGGUGUGUGCCCACGGCUGCUUUGGACGUGGAGUUUGUAACAGCGAAGGACACUGCCAUUGUCAGCUGGGAUACGAUCCACCUUACUGCGAGCAUUCCGGCGUUGGAGGAUCGCUUGACAGUGGGCCCGCCUCUACCGACACGGGCGUUUUGCGAGACUUGCUGACAUUCACCGCACUUACACUGGUCGUGUUUGCUGUGCUGGUAACGGUAGUUGUCUAUGUCCGCAGUUUGCGUGGUGGGCUCGUUUCGCACUGGGGACGUGGACAUUGGCGUGGAUGUAAGGUGCGCGGUACUAGCAGUAUCCGUGAACCGAUCAAAACGGCCACACCGAUCGCGGCACGCGACAUAUCCCUGCCAAAGUACCACUCGUCUACACGGGACAUUAGUGACGAUCAACAGUAUCGACCGAUUGCAGCGUCUUCCUGGCAGACGGAUGCAAACCCAGGCGUCAGAGUACUUACCGUGGCUAGACCACAGGACCACACAGGUGGUGCACACGUACCACCGGUGACGAUCGAGUACCGGAUCGUACCAGGGACACAUCGGCACGCCCCACUUCCACCCGUCCCCGUUCACCGGCACCAGCGUCCGUUUUAGCGAGGCUUCCCGGUUUGCUCAAACGAAAUCACCAACGAAAACAAUAAUGUGCUCUCUUACAAACCAUCGUCUUCGUCCCCGUAUUUUUAAGCGUAACGUUUUUGGUGUAAGAUAUUCAAGGCAAUAAACAACAACAGUCACCACUUUUUCUAGUCAUAUCCCGAACGGUAAUGCUGAAGAGUUC